CAUACUGAAGGCAAUGAGGAACCACAGUGUUAUCUCUGAGUUCUUCCUCCUCGGGCUGUCUGCGGACCCCCAGAUCCAGCCUCUGCUCUUUGUGCUGUUCCUUGUUAUUUACCUCCUGACCCUGAUGGGGAAUCUGAUGCUGCUGCUGGUGAUCGGGUUUGAUCCCCGUCUUCACAUCCCCAUGUACUUUUUCCUGAGGCAGUUGUCCUUCCUCGAUCUCUGCCACUCCUCUGUCACUGUGCCCAAGCUGCUGGAGAAUCUGCUCUCUGAGAAGAAAACUGUCUCAGUAGAGGGCUGCCUGGCGCAGGUCUUCUUUCUGUUUGCCUCUGGGGGCACUGAAUCCUGCCUACUCACUGUGAUGGCAUAUGACCGCUAUGUUGCCAUCAGUUCUCCUCUGCUCUAUGCCCAGGUAAUGAACAGACAGCUGUGUAUGGGGCUGGUGUGGGCCUCAUGGAGUUUGGCUUUUCUGGAUGCUCUUAUCAAUAUCCUUGUAGCUCUCAAAUUAGACUUCUGUGAGGCUCAAGAUAUCCACCACUUCUGCUGUGAGCUGUCCUCUCUUUACCCUUUGUCCUGCUCUGAUGUGACUGCAAGUUUUAUUGCCCUGCUCUGCUCUAGCGUCCUGCAUUUCUUUGGAAAU